ACUAAGAUGGUGGCUGAUCUGUUAGUAGUCAGUUUUAAACCUGUUGUCUUCUUGCUUCUAUUGUCAACAUGCCUAAAUACGCCGUUUAGAUAUGGAAUUAGUUCGACAUUGUGUCCAUAGGUUGCAAUUCUAGCAACUUCACUCACGUGUAAAUAGUCGCGAAACAAUAUUUUAUGGAUCUAAAAAGCUUUCAGUCGUGCGCAGUGGUUAUUCGGAGUAUCCUGUCGCGUGCGCAGCGGUCCGUCUGAUUAAACGCGAGAGCUGUACGGUAGGAAUCUCCGGGUUUGAUCCGAGCAUGAAGGCAUACCUCAACACCCAGGGCUUGGUCUUCAAACUCCAGCCCAAAAUAACAAGAGUCGGGAGGCAUCAGGACAACGACCUCUGUUUACGGAAUGCUGGGGUGGAGGAGAGCCACGCCCUGAUUGAGUGGCAGGGGGCGGAGCAUUGCUACGUCCUCACCGACCUUGACUCCUCCCACGGCACGUAUGUGAACGGCUGCCGCAUCCACAACGCCAGCGUCCGCCUGUCGCCCGGCAACCAGCUGCACUUCGGCUACGGAGGCUCCGCCUAUGAGCUGAUAGUGGACAGCAGCACCCCGCUCCCCCUGCUGGGCAGGGAUCAGAGCGCUGCGCCUCCUGUCUGGGUUUGGGGAGGAGCCCCUAUCAACCCCCACCCUCCCACACGGAGCCCCGCCCCUCGCACUCGCCCUGCCAGCGCAGGAGCCAAACAACCAGGACAGAGCCACGCCCUAACCCCGCCCCCUCACAGACUGGGCCGGAGCCACGCCCAAACCACUCUCUCUCACAGACCAGGACAGAGCCACGGCCUAACCCCACCCUCUCACAGACCAGGAAGUUGGCCUGGCAACACAGGAAGUAGAAGCUCUGCCAGAUCUCCAGUGGCGUCUCAGAGCCUGCAGUCCCUACAGCACCUCCUGCAGGAGAAGGAGGAGCGUGUGUUGCGUCUGGGAGAUGACGUUUGCCGACUGAGUGUAUUUGAGAGUGAGUGUGUGAGGAAAGAUCAUCUCAUCUCCUCGCUGCGUGACGAGGUGUCUGCGCUCACACAUCAACUCACACACUCCCAGGCCCAGGUGGACGUCACACACACUCUCAACAGCCUGCAGACAGAGAUCAGCCUCAAGACCCAGCAGAUACAGGACCUCAAGGAUCAGCUGUGUGAGCUGCAGUUGUCUGGUGAGCAGGUUAAGCAGGUGGUGACGGACAGAGACAUGAGGAUCUCCAGCCUCAGAGCUCAGCUGGACAGACUGAAGAGUGACAACACUAAGAACUCAGGCCUGGUGUCUAGUCUACAGGGUGAUCUCUUGUCCAGAGACAGACACACACUCAAGCUGACUGCCGAGAUAGACGGACUGCGACAGGACAUCAGGCACAAGGACGCCCAGCUGCAGAACCUCUCCAACAAGUUCUCCAGGAAGCAGCAGACAGACAGUCUGGCCCAUGAGGAGGACGUCAACACACUAAAGAAGAGUGUGGAGUCGUUGGACGCGUCUCUUAGAGACACAAAGAGAGACUUGAGGCUCAUCAGCUCCGACAGAGACUCACUCAGGGAGAGACUUCAGGACAAGACUCAGGACUUGUCAUCCCUGAAGGUUGAACUGGACAGGCAGAGACAGCAGUUGGUUGAAACACAGAAUCAGCAGCAAAACACACACAACCAGCUGCAGGUACUCCGCAAGCAGAUCCUCCAGGCCACUACGACAGCCACCAACCCCUCACACACACCGUCAGACCAGGAGGUGCUGGAGGCUGUGAGAGCGUUGGCUGGCCAGGAGGGGGCACUGCAGAGCAGAGUGCAGGAGCUCCAGCAGCAGCACAUAGACAAAGAAGAAGAGAUGGAGGAACUGAAGAACUCAGGGGAGGAGGAGAGGAGAAAGAGAGAGAGACACUGA